AUGGAAAUGCACCUCCAAGGGCAAGGUCUCGCUAAUGCAAUUACAGAAGACGGAACGUCAAAUGCAAAAGAUAAAGCAAAUGCACUGAUUUUUAUUCGUCGUCAUUUGCAUGAGAGCCUGCAGACUCAAUAUUUAUCCGUUCGAGACCCUCAGACCCUGUGGAAGAGGUUGAAGGAUAGGUAUGAUCAUACCAAGACUGAUAUCCUCCCUCAAGCACAAUAUGACUGGCAAAAUCUCAAACUGCAAGAUUUUAAAUCAGUGUCUGACUAUAACUCCGCUUUAUUUGAUAUUGUUUCUCGGCUUGAGUUAUGCGGUAUCAAGCUCACUGAUGCGGAAUUGUUAGAGAAAACUUUCUCCACCUUCCAUGCUUCGAAUAUUGUAUUGCAACAGCAAUACCGACAGCAUCAAUUUGCCACAUACUCUGAAUUAAUUUCUGUGCUCCUCACUACUGAGCAAACUAAUGAAUUGCUGCUCAAAAAUCAUGAUCUUAGACCCGCUGGGUCAAAAGCAUUGCCUGAAGCACAUGCUAACUCUGAGAAAAAUACUGGCCAUUUUAAGGGCUACAAGCGCAGGGGUAAGGGUGGUGAAUCUCACGCCAUUGAAAUUAAUCCUACUGCCAUAACCACUGUUGAUGCCAACAAUAUCUCUGUUGGUGGGACUCCUCUUGCUCCUGAAGUAGCAAAUGCAUCCCUGGAUGUCUCUGAUUUCUUUGAGGACCUCUGA